UUGUUUAUCAACAAUGAGUGGGUAGAUGCUGUGAGUAAGAAGACGUUCGAAACGUUCAAUCCAGCCACCGGCGCUCUGAUUACGAACGUUGCCGAGGGCGAUGUGGCGGACGUGGAUAAAGCUGUUAAGGCGGCAUCGAAUGCAUUCCGCUUAGGUUCUCCGUGGCGCCGUAUGGAUGCCGCAGAGCGUGGCAAUUUAUUGAACAAGCUCGCUGAUCUCAUGGAACGAGAUAGGGUUAUACUUGCGUCUUUGGAAACACUCGAUAACGGAAAGCCUUACUCUGUGGCAUAUACUGCUGAUUUGCCGUUAUCUAUCGCAUGUCUGAGGUAUUAUGCAGGAUGGGCGGAUAAGAACCAUGGCAAGACGAUCCCAAUUGCGGGUGAUUAUUUCACGUAUACACGCCAUGAGCCAGUUGGAGUUUGUGGUCAAAUCAUUCCGUGGAAUUUCCCUCUUUUGAUGCAAGCUUGGAAGUUCGGUCCAGCAUUAGCGAUGGGAAACACAGUAGUUAUGAAAUGUGCAGAGCAAACUCCAUUGUCGGCUCUGUAUGUGGCCAAUCUUGUUAAAGAGGCAGGAUUCCCUGAAGGAGUGGUGAAUAUUAUCCCAGGAUUUGGGCCAACUGCAGGACAUGCUAUUUCUUGUCACAAGGAUGUCGUCAAGGUGGCAUUCACAGGUUCCACCGAAAUUGGACGUGUGGUUAUGCAGGCAGCUGCAGAGAGUAAUAUCAAGAAGAUCACACUCGAACUUGGAGGGAAAAGUCCUAACAUCAUAUUUGCUGAUGCUGACCUUGAUAAAGCUGCUGAGCAAGCUCAUCAUGGUCUGUUCUUCAACCAAGGUCAGUGUUGCUGCGCUGGAUCUCGUGUUUUCGUAGAGGGAAAAAUCUACGAUGACUUUGUUGAAAGGGCAAAAGCGCUAGCUGAAAAUCGUGUGCUUGGAGAUCCAUUUGAUUUUAAAACAGAGCAAGGACCUCAAAUCGACGGCAUGCAACUGAACACAAUCACUCGCUAUGUUGAGUCCGGAAAGACUCAAGGUGCACAGCUUGUGACCGGUGGUAAGAAAUGGGGAGACAAAGGUUACUAUUUCGAGCCAACUAUAUUCAAAAAUGUUCAGGAUGAGAUGACCAUUGCUCAGGAAGAGAUAUUUGGUCCUGUAAUGUCUGUGCUUCGUUUCGAUUCCAUGGAUGAUCUUGUGAACAAAGCUAAUAAUACAGUUUAUGGAUUAGCUGCUGCUGUGAUGACGAGCGAUAUUGACAAGGCCCUUUACGUGGCGAACAACAUCCAAGCGGGAACUGUUUGGGUAAACUGCUACGAUGUGUUCGAUGCAGCAGCACCAUUCGGAGGAUACAAACAAUCUGGUGAUUCCUUUUUUUCCAAAGUAAACCCUCAAAAUAUGCGUACAAAAUAG